CAGGGAGUAGUAUUGCGUCGUAUGACUCACUGCUGUUGAGGGAGCUCCAUUGUCCAGCUCAGCAUAGCGACGCGCUCAUAGUAGCGUACUGUAUGGUACAAUAUUGUACCCUUCAUUUUUCUUGCCAAGGACCGGCUUUAUGAUUAAGUUACAAUCUUCAAUGAGUAAGCAUAUUCCUCAAUUCUGUGGUGUUAUUGGUCACACAUUUAUGGAGUUUCUGAAGGGCAGUGGAGACUACUGCCAGGCACAGCAUGCGCUCUAUGCAGACAAGUGAACCGUAGAAAUUCAUUUUUACUCCACAAGGAAACCCCCUUAAGAGCAGUGUGUACACCUGAUCGCAGACAGGAUAAAUCUUUUCAGCAGUGGUAAUAGAAGCUACCUUCCAAGGCAUCAAAAGCUGGAUGGGGUAAACAUACGUGCACUGCCUUUUGGCCUCUGCGUUGGCAGAUUGAGGAGGAUUGCUGCUUCUUUGGAAGUUUUUUUUUACUCCAUUUCUUCCCAACUUUAUUUGUAAGCACUGAGUUCUAAGUGGAGAAUAGUGAAGUAACAUUUUUUUCCCUGUCAGCCUUUUUUGCAUUUUAUUGUAAAAGGAUUUUUCUUUCCGUUUUUAUAGUAUUUUGUCUGUUGUAAACUUUGACUAUGGCUCGAAUGAACCGCCCUGCUCCUGUGGAGAUCACAUACAAGAACAUGAGAUUCCUCAUCACGCACAACCCCACCAAUGCAACCUUGAACAAAUUUAUUGAGGAACUGAAAAAGUAUGGGGUUACUACAAUUGUAAGAGUAUGUGAAGCCACAUAUGACACAACCUUGGUUGAAAAGGAAGGCAUUCAGGUCUUGGACUGGCCUUUUGAUGAUGGUGCCCCACCAUCCAACCAGAUCGUUGAGGAUUGGUUAAACUUGUUGAAAACUAAAUUCCGUGAAGAGCCAGGCUGUUGUAUUGCUGUGCACUGUGUUGCAGGACUUGGACGGGCUCCUGUUCUCGUUGCACUUGCACUGAUUGAAUGUGGAAUGAAGUACGAAGAUGCUGUGCAGUUCAUCAGACAGAAGCGGCGUGGUGCCUUCAACUGCAAGCAACUACUAUAUUUGGAGAAAUAUCGUCCUAAGAUGCGUUUGCGCUUCAAAGAAUCAAAUGGUCACAGAAAUAAUUGCUGCAUCCAGUAAAUAUGGUGAAGAUUUAAUUUACAAAAUGUUUUUCAACAGAGCCAGUACUUGAGAUGACUGAAUGCUAGCAGACCUGCUGGUAUCGACUUAGCAUGGUAAAUAGGUCAAAAGGUGUUCUCUUAGGAAUGAAUGCCAAUAUGAACCCAUGAUUUGAAAAGAAUGUAACUGCUGCCUUCCAAACUGUUUAGGAUAAAAGUGCUUUUCUGUGGCCCACAGGGUUACUAUAAUUGAAGUCGUUUAAGAACCUGUCUCUGCCUAGUAAGUUUGCAAAAUUUUUUGUAACAGUGGAUUUUCUUUCGAGUGGUAUUAGAUAGUAGGUGCCAUAUUUGUCAGCACAAAAGCUUGGUGGAAAACUUACUGUAAAUAACUGUUAUGAGGCUUAACUACCAACAGGACCCCUCCUCACUUUUUUGUUUUACACAAAUGAGGCUUGCCUGUAUGGUUUAGCUGGUUGCUGCUCACUGCUUGUUUACAUAAAAAUCUGUCUUUGUACCAAUCGGAUUUUGCACAGUUUCACUUGAUUCACAUGCUCUUCGUUGUUGGAACUAUCCCUUAACAGAAUUCUUACCACAUGCUGCUGUUUUAUUGCAUUUUGUAAUUUUUUUAAAUAUAAUUGCUUGAAUUUUUUUUCCUCUAAAUGUCUAGUGUUGCUAGAAUAAAGCCUUGGGCAAUCCAUGAUAAUGUAGGGAAGGCCUAGACAUUUUUGGUCAGGUGGGGGGGGGGGGUCAGGAUUUGUAGUAAAAAUGUUUAGCAUUUUGUUUGAGUAUGUGAAAUGCCCUUUAACAGUUACGUUUUGUAGCCGAGCAAAAUUCUAACAGUUUAUGAACUUAUAGCUUAUUUUCUGUAUGUGUUGGAAUUUUACCAACUGAUCUUUUCAAACUGAUAAGAGAAAAGGCAGCUUAGUCUAAUUUUAUAACUGUUUUGAUCUAGGUAACUUAAUUAUUGGACACCAAAUUUAUUUUAUGUAUUUGAAACUGGUGAUGUGCAUUAAAUGUUAACAAAACCAUAUUUAUGCUAUCUGGGGAAUGUAUGGUGUAGUUCUGUGGGAGAGAUUGCCAGUGUUCACCAGCUUGUCAAAUCUAUUGUGAAAGAUUGUAAGCUAAAUAAACACUGACUUGAUAUUAA